AUGUCCACCGCUUUCCCCCUGCCAUCAACCAGUUACCUCAUCAAAGAAAGAAAUCAAGCUGGUUUGGCAGAAUUUUCUCUUGGUUUGUCCCAGCCGGACGCCCCAGCCAUGGGCAGAGCCCUGCUGCCACAGCAGGAUGCCGGGGAAAGGGAGCUCCCGCCUCAGGGCCCCCUCUGGAGAGCAGGGGGUCCUGCCACUCUGAGGGUCCUGAUCCUCGCCCUGCUCUGGAGGGGGUCCCUGUCCCAGCUGCUCGGAUUUACCCUGACGGUGCCGCAGUCGGUGUCGGUGCAGGAGGGUCUCUGCGUUCUCGUCCCCUGCAACUUCAAGUACCCAGCCUCGUAUGACACUAAGAAUUCCCCGGCCCGGCUCUACAGAUACUGGUACAAGGAUCCGGCCGUUGUGGGCCGGAAUCCGCCCGUGGCCAGCAGUGACCCCAGCCGGUGGGUGUCGCAGGAGACCCAGGGCCGGUUCCGGCUGGCGGAGAAUCCAGCGCGCGGCGACUGCUCCAUGCAAAUCAGCGACGCCCGAAAGACGGAUGCAGGGAGAUAUUUCCUUAGAGUCGAGGGAGACUUUAAAUAUACUUACCGCACCAGUGCCGAUGGCACUGACCUUACGCUCACGAUCUCCGUGCCAGGGCUGACGGAGAAGCCAGAGAUCCAGAUCUCGCCAGCGCGGGGGCUGCCAGGGACACUGCUCGCCGGAGAGCCGGUGACUGUGACCUGCACGGCCCCUGGGCGCUGCUCCGGGACCCCUCCCCAAGUCACCUGGACGGGGCCAUUCAUCAACACAGCCCAGGACGUCUCAACCCGGCUGGCAAACGGCACCUGGGCCCACAGCUCCGCACUCAGCUUCACGCCUACCCCGGGGAAACACGACAAAGAGCUCGUCUGCAGCGUCACCUACAGGCCUCCAUGGGGACCUUCCACCAGCAAAACCGUCCAGCUCCAUGUUGUCUACCCACCCGGGCCCCCCAACAUCACCGGGAACCUGACCAGGAACGGACGCCCCGGGCCGGCCCCAUUGGGAACUGAGGGCGACAUUGUGUCUCUGGAGACCCAGGAGGGCGACUCCCUGAGCCUGAGCUGUGAGGCUUCGAGCAGACCCGAGGCCACCCUGAGCUGGGCCAAGGGGAACGAGUCCCUGAGCCCUGGCCAGGGAGGGGCCGGGCAUCUGGAACUGCCGAAUCUCAGCAGAGGGGACGCUGGGGAGUAUCAGUGCUGGGCGAAGAAUUCCUACGGGUCGGCCAGCCAGGCCCUGCGUGUGCACGUGCAGUCUCCAAUGAGGACUCCGGAAAUCACCGUCUCCAGAGCUAACAAGAGCGACCCCCAGCUAUUCCAAGAUCCCAGCACCAUGGUGAGGAAUGGUUCACAGCUCACGGCCCGGAAGGGCGACUCCCUGCGGUUCCUCUGCUCUGUCGCCAGCAGCCCCCCCGCUGCACUGGGCUGGGUGAGGGGGGGCCGAGCCAUUGAGGGCGCCCACCCCGCGGGGGAGAAUCAGCUGCGGCUGGAGCUGCCCAACGUGACGGCCAAGGAUGGGGGGCUGUAUGGCUGCUGGGCCAAGAACAAGGAGAGCUCUGCCCAGGGGACGUUCCAGCUGCUCGUCGAGUACAGCCCCCGGCCGGGGACCGGGCUGAACUCGUCCUGCCAGCACCAGGGGUCCAGCAUCAGCUGCAGCUGCUCCCUGCGCUCCCACCCCCGACCCCGGCUCCAGUGGCAGGUGGACGGGGAGUCCCUGGCUGGGAACGGCUCACGGGGGGCCCUGCAGGUCAGCUCGUGGGACCAGGGGGACGAGGCCGUCAGCACCCUGAGCUGGACGGGGAACUGGGACAGGGGCCCCCAGAUCUUCUGCCUCGGCUCCAACCCCCAUGGGACCUACGCCGCCCUGCACUUUGACUUCAGUCCCCCACGGAGAGGUGCGGAGGAGCCUGGCAAGCUACUGGGCGUCGGGGUGGCCUGUGGACUGGGGGUCGCCGUUGUCUUCUUCCUUCUCAGGCUCGGUGUGAUCAAGCUGUGGGCCCAGGAGCUGGCGCCCCCCAGCGCUGAGGCUGGGGAGAUGGCUAACGGGAGCCAGGCCAAGCACACGGCCGAUGAGGCCAGCGUGAUCUACAGUAACGUCCCCACCAUCCCCAUGCAUCACAAGACUCCAGUCGCCCACUGGACCAAAGGCGUCGAGGACGGGGCUGCCACAGCACAGGCCCCGCUAGGCCCCGGGGAGCCGGAGGAGCUGCACUACGCCGCCAUCGACUUCUCCAAGCUGCAGCGCAAAGGGGGGGAGCCUCCGGAGGCCCCAGCCACGGAAUAUUCAGCGGUCCGGUGGAAAUAG